AUGUUCAUGAACAGGGGUGUUGAAAGCUAUUUGGUUAAUACAGAUACUGAUGAUGAACGGAAGACUAUUGAAGUAUGCACGCAACCAGAGUUGUCUACUAGAAUAUUAAAAAAAUCAGAUCUCUCUAUCAAGCAACGGCUUGGACCACUUCUAUGGGACCAGGAAGUAUCUAGAUCACAUAUUGAUGUUACUUUCGACAGUCCACCCGAUCUUGUCGCUGAAACUAUCACUAAUCUACUAAAAGAACCGAACGAGGAUUUAAUAAAGCGAACUGUUGAUAUUUUGGGUGUUCAGCGAGCUCUCGAAUUUUACUACCUUACGGAAGAUAUCGAGAACAAUGGUGGUCUCUACUUAAUGGAUGGGUCUCGAAGACGAUCACCUGGUGGUGUUUAUCUUAAUCUAAUCAAACAUUCCUAUUCAGUAAAGAAAGAAGAAAAGAAGUUGAUCUUUCUAAUUGAUAGACAAAUGAAGGAUAAGUUGAAAAGAGCUCGCAGGAAUUCUCGUCGUGUAAGAAAAUAUGAAGAGUCAGACAUUGUAUGCGAACUUCCAAGCAAUCCAGCGAAAUUAGUCGAAUCCGAUUGUCCUUCUCCUUUAGAUAUUCACAGUUCUCAAGAACCAGUUAUUUUGGAAGGUGAAAUUUCACAACCUGCUUCUCCUGUAAUUAUAAUGGAUACAACGUGUGCAAGUCCGUGUGAAAAAUCACCCGAAGAUAAUGAAAGUAUGGAAGAAGGUGAAUUGCCUCCUAGUGAUGACGAUAUCUAA